UAUCCGAUCUCAUAUUUCUUUUUGGCACAAAGUGUUCUUUUCAUAUUAAAAAAACAAAAAGCAACUUUUUUAAAGGAAAUUAUACAAUUUCAUUUCUCUUUUCAUAAAUUGAACUGAAAUAUAUACAAAUUUAAAAGUUUUAUCUUUUUGAACAUGGGGGUGAAUACGUCACUCUUGCUAAUAAAUUGUUUCAUAAUUUAUUUCAUGUUUCAGCUGGUUGGUGCUGAAAGAAAUGUGAGUGACAUUUAUCUCAUGGACUUAAAAGUAUUAAGUGGAAACAAAGAAGACACAGGUCGUUGCACGUCAAGAGAAGAUUGUAACUUCCUGUGUGAUUGUCAAGGUAACUUUGGAGGAAAGUAUUGCAAGUGUUUUCAAGGCAUUAGUGGCAAAAAUUGUGACAUCAUCGAUGAGUGUGUCGACAAUCCGGGUAUGUGUGGCAAUGAUCCGGAUGUCUCCUGUGGAUUCCACAGGAAGAAGAAGAGGAUCAUCUGCGAAUGUCGGACAUUCGGGAAGAGAUUCGACAUUCCCACUAAAACAUGUGUAGAUCAAAAGCCCUGCAAAUCUUAUAAGGAGUGUUUUAACGGGGCAGACUGUCUAAAUGCUAAUCACGAGGAGGAUGGAAAGGAACCGCAUUACUGUGAAUGUAAAUUUGGGACAAGUGGAGACUACUGCGAGAGAAUAGAAGAAUGUAUCGACAAUCCCAACUAUUGCGGUGAUGGAGAUGGCGUUAUCUGCAGUUAUAAUAAAUUUCUGAUGCGAGCUUAUUGUCAGUGCAAGAAUCGGAACCAGAGAUUUGAUUGGCCGCAAAAAAGAUGCGUCGAACGAAAUAAGUGUCGGACAAGCGAGGAUUGUUUACCUUUCGGUCAAUGUCAAGAUAAGUGCAUCACGUGGGAGCCCUGUCAAGAUUUCAGCCAUAUUGAGAAGAAGCGUUCCUGUCACUGUAUCGAGGGCACCAGUGGAGAACACUGCCAAGUGAUCGAUGAUUGUUACAACAAGGUAGUGGACUGCGGCACGAGCAACAACGUGACCUGCGACUACUACCACAACCACGGUUUAACAGCGUACGCUUUCUGCAGAUGUAAAGAUCGCGAUCUGAAGUUCGAUCCCUAUGACAAACAAUGCAAGGCUUGCCACUGUGGUGAUGGUGCAACAUCCUGUAAUUUCAUAGAUGGAGUGAAAACGUGCUCAUGCAAUCGGGGAUUUUACUACAACGGAGUCAGAUGCAGAGAUUGCGACUGCGGAGAUGACGCGGAAGGAUGUACUUUCACAAAGAGUGGGAAAAUAUGCAUCUGCAAUACUGGAUACAAAGAUGUUGGUGGUAUUUGCGAAUCGGAAUAAAAUUUCUGUCCAAAGCAUUCAACAGAAAU